UCCUUCUGGAACAAUCUCCCGGCCAUCAAGCUCACCAGUCAAGCUUGAGGAUGUGGAAUUGCUUGAAAAGGGUUCUCUGCCUGAACUCUGCUUUUGUAUUUGCCAUCUUUCUGGCCAGGACUGGAGCUUCCCCUGCCAUUGUGAAUGGAGUCCUGGGACACUCGGUUUCCUUGUUUCCUUCGAUCCCAGUCAGACAGGACGUUUACGAGGUUGAGUGGAUAAAGUCAUCACCCAGAACAAUGAUAGCACAAUACUCAGAAGGAUCAAUUAAAUACUUUAAUAGCAGUUACAACAACCGAAUAACUCUUCAUUCCGGAAACUUCAGCCUGGAAAUCCAUGAUCUGAGGAAAGAGGAUGCUGAUGAAUAUGAGGUCAUCGUCACAGCAGGAGAUUCAGGAGAUGAACGCAGAGAGCGUAUCCAACUUAAGGUGUACGAGCUUGUGUCAGGAGCAAACAUCACAGUUCAGACCACUGUGAUCUGCAACUUCACCUUGACCUGUACCAUGACCUCCGGUGACCACACCAGCUUCACGUGGUGGAGGAAUGGAGAAGCUUCGGUAAAUGACAGCACGCAGCACAUCCGGGUACUCGGAAAUACGCUAGAGGUUUCUCACACUGCAGAGGUCGAGGACGCUGUGUACAAAUGUGAGGCCAGGAACCCCAUCAGUAAUGAAACGGCAGAGAUCAGGCUGAGGGACAUCUGCAAACUGAACACAUAUGCCAGGACUGGAGCUUCCCCUGCCAUCGUGAAUGGAGUCCUGGGACACUCGGUUUCCUUGUUUCCUUCGAUCCCAGUCAGACAGGACAUGGAUGAGGUUGUGUGGAAAAGAUCAUCACCCAGCACAAAGAUAGCACGAUACUUGGAAGGAUCGAUUAAAUACUUUAAUAGCAAUUACAACAACCGAAUAACUCUUCAUUUCGGAAACUUCAGCCUGGAAAUCCAUGAUCUGAGGAAAGAGGAUGCUGAUGAAUAUGAGGUCAUUGUUACAGCAGGAGAUUCAGGAGAUGAACGCAGAGAGCGUAUCCAACUUAAGGUGUACGGAAACUGGCAUGGAGUCAAUGGAAACAAGACAAACAAAUGGUGAAGUCAUGGAACCUAUACAGAUUGAAGAGGAGGAGAUGCUCAAGCAGACUACACAUCGAAUUGAAAAUGAACACAAACAAUUCAGGCAAACUAUUAAAGAACAAGAAGUGAAGAUGACUUCGAUGGAAAAUAAAAUUAAUGAACUUACUUUGGAACUAUCAAAAAUGAAGAAAAAAAUGAUUGAUUUAGACAGGAGAGCAUGUCAGAGGAAUUUGCGUAUACUAGGAUUGCCUGAAAGUACUGAACCUGGUUAAAGUUCUUCUCAGAUAUGCUGUACUCACUUUUUAGUGAGACUCUUGAAGCAAACCCUUUACUCGAUAGAGUCCACAGAGUUACAAGAUUUUGGCGUUCAUCUGAAUUACACCCUCGGCUAAUCGUACUUUGUUUGCAUUAUUAUACAACUAAAGAAGCCAUAAUUCAAGAGGCCAGAAGUAAGUGAAAGAUAAUCUUUAAAAUCAACAGAAAUUCGAUUAGUCGAAGAUUUUCCUCCUGAAAUUUUUGUCGAAAGAAGAAAAUACCAGGAAGUCAUGAACGAAAUGUAUAAGAAAAAUCUACAUCCAUCCCUUUGGUAUCCAACACGACUGAUAAUCUUCCCGGCUGAUUCUCAGCCACAGAGGAUCUACUCCUCUGAUGAAGGCUGUGAGUAUAUUAAAAAUCUCAAAGUUAAGCUGAGUGUUACCUGAAUAGGUAAUUCUGAUGUAUGAGAUGUUUAUAGAUGCCCUAAGCAAAGUCUAUUCUAUGCUUUUUGAAUAUCCAUAUGGGACUUGGCUGGCUUAAUUUUUCUCUUUAUUUGUUAAUAAUUAGUAAAUAUUCAUAAUUGCUUUGUAGGGAACCUUUACAGUAUCAUAUUAUAGAGAUCCAUAUAGGAUCUGUCUUGAAUUACUUUUUCUAUUCUUUACUUGUCUUAAUAUUAAUAUAGUUUUAGGUUUGAUAUGUUUUUUUGUAUGACUUGUAAGUUUUUUUUGAAAGAAAGAACUUCAUUUGCAUGGAUUUACUUUUCUCUGAGUACAUGAUUAAUAUACUAUAGAUGAAUUUAAGAUGGCCGUCGCUAGUUACAUUUUUAUUAUUCUUAGACUUAACAUUGCAGUAUUUGAAAGUUGUUAGUCUCUUUUAUUAUGGAGAAAAUGGGUGGGGUGAAUAUUUCAAUUUUAAUAUACGUAGCUGGAAAAUGGAUAGGGUUAAGGGUAAUUAGCUUAGCAUGCGAUCACCCUAUUGGUUGCUGUUUCUCUGGCUUUGCGGGGGGGGGGGGGCUAUAAGAAUAGGUUUCUUUCUCGAUUGGGUGGUUCUUUUAAUGGACAUUUUCUCUCAAAUAUGUCAUCCCUUCUAGUCAUAUCUGUUCCUUUUGGAUUAAUGUGUGCUUGAGGAAUAAUUUUCUUUAUAAAAUAUUAAAUUAAAUCUUAAGCAUGGAUGUUAAUAAAAUUAAUAUAAUCUCUUGAAAUCUGAAUGCUGUGAAUCAUCCUAUUAAGCAUAAAAAUAUUUUUAAGAAAUUAAAAACACAAUGCAGAUAUUAUUUUUUCACAAGAAAAUCUUAUACGGAGAUGGGAUGAGGACCAGUUUUUCAAAUUUUGGAAAGGCACUUCAUUUCAUUCUUUAUUGACUAAUAAAGUUAGAGGUAUCUAUUUUUGUUAACUCUAAAAUCCCUUUUGUACAUUUUAAUACUAUUACUGAUUCGAUUAGAAGAUAUUUAAUUGUUACUGGUUUAUUAUGCAAUCAAAAGGUAGCUUUGGUGUGUGUACACACACCUAAUUUAGACAGUCCUGAAUUUUUUAAGAAGCUUUUUUUCUGAGCUAUCGAAUCUGAAUGAAUAUAAGCUGAUCAUGGGUGGUGACAUUAAUUGCUGUCUGAAUCCAGCGAUUGACAGAUCAUCAACCAAUCCGUUGCUUCCUAAUAAAGUGGCAGCUUGUAUUAAUUCUUUUCUACUAGAAUAUGACCUGGUUAAUAUCUGGAGGUAUAAACACCCUAAUGACAAAGGUAUUUCAUUUUUUUCACACGUUUAUCAUAAAUACUCUAGAAUUGAUUACAUUUUUCUAGACACAUGCUUGCUAUACUCUGUUGUUGAGUGUGCGGAUGAUGUCAUUGGGUUGUUGGAUCACGCGUUUCUGAAAUUAACCCUGAAGCUCUCUGAUAGUUUUUUGAAAAUGUCACAGUGGAGAUUGAAUCCUGUAUUGUUACAGGAUCCCACCUUUGUUAGUUUUAUUAAGGAGCAAAUUUCUAUACUUUUUGAAUUUAAUACUACUGAAGGAAUGUCAAACUUGGUUAUAUGGGAUACAAUGAAAUCUUUUCUUAGGGGACAGAUAAUUUCAUAUUCAGCAGCUUUAAGAAAGAAAACUAAAGCAGAAUUGUCAGUGCUUACUAAUAAAAUUAGAGAGAUAGAUAAAGCUAUUCAGUAAAAGCUACUGAAGAUCUAUAUAAGGAAAGGGUUGAACUUCAAACACAAUAUGAUUUGCUUCUAACCCCUCCCAUCGAACAGCAAAUUUUUGAAUCUAGAAGUUUAUUUUAUAUACAUGGAGAUAGGUCAGAUAAACCUUUGACUGGUCAGUUAAAGGCAGGCAAGGUCAGAAGUCAGAUUUUGAAAAUACGUAGACUAGAUAGAACUGAAAAGUUAGAUCCUUAUGAAAUUAAUAAGAUAUUUAUGGAUUUUUGCUCCAAUCUUUAUAAAUCUGAAAUCUGACAAUACAUUUAUUAUGAAUAAAUUUUUGCAAAAGUUAAAUAUACCUAAAAUUACAACUCAAGAUAUUAAUAUAUUACAUGCACCUAUUAAACAAAAGGAAAUAGCCAAAGCUUUAUCCUCUAUGCAAUUAGGGAAAGCUCCAGGACCAAAUGGUUAUACGAUGGAAUUUUAUAAGACUUUCAAUGACAUGAUUAUACCACAUCUUUGUCAAACUUUUACUGAUUCUAUAUCCUCUGGGAAUCUUCCAAAAACUUUUUAUGAGGCAUUAAUUUCAUUGAUUCCUAGAAAAGGAACAGAUUUAUCAGAAUGUGCAUCCUAUAGACCUAUCUCCUUACUGAAUGUAGAUUUUAAAAUUCUCUCUAAGAUUUUAGCUAAUAGAUUUGUGAAUGGUUUGCCUACUGUUAUCUAAAAUGAUCAAACUGGAUUUAUUAAAAAUAGGUACUCAAAUUUUAAUAUUCAAAGUGUUAAAUAUCAUUUAUUCCCCCUCAGUUAAAGAAUCUGAAUGUAUUGUGUCUCUGGAUGCAGAGAAAGCUUUUGACAGGGUGGAGUGGCCUUAUCUGUUUCAGGUUUUGAAGAGGUUUAAUUUAGGUCCAGGAUUUAUUUCCUGGAUUAAACUGAUUUAUCAAGCCCCUGUGGCUGCAAUUAUAACUAAUAAUCAAAAGUCUCCUUAGACUAUAUAGAGGAACCCAUCAGGGUUGUCAUCUCAGUUCUUUAUUAUUUAAUUUGGUUUUAGAACCACAUGCUAUUGCUCUUAGGGAUUCUAAUUCUGUGCAGGGUAUUAAGAGAGGAUAAACUACAUAAGGUUUUGCUAUAGGCGGAUGAUUUAUAAGUUUACGUUUCAGAUGAUAGGAAAUCUAUUCCCUUUAUGUUAUCUAUAUUUACUGAAUUUAGUAUUUUCUCUGGAUAUAAACUAAAUUUACAUAAAAGUGAAUUAUUUCCGAUUAAUAAUUACUCUGAUUAUUAUGAACAAAUACCUUUUAAUAUUGCUAAAACUAUUUUACUUAUGUUGGUAUUAAAAUUACUAAAAAUUUUAAAGACCUAUGUAAGAAUAAUUUCUUUCCUCUAUUUGAAUAUACACAACAAACUCUCUCUAAGUUCGCCUAUGUGGAUGUCAUGAAUUGGUCAAAUAAAUGCUAUAAAAAGUUUAUUUUUCCAAAAAUUUUAUAUACUUUUCAAGCGGUUCCAUCUUUUGCUCUGAAAAAUUUUUGAUGGAAUAGAUUCCAUGAUCUUGUCAUAUAUUUGGAAUAAUAAAAGCUCCAGAGUGAAUAAAUCUCUAUUGCAAAAAUCAAAAAAAAGUGGAGGACUGGUGCUACCAAACUUUAGAUUUUAUUAUUGGGCAAUUAAUAUUCAUUAUAUCACCUUCUGGAUUCAUGGUAUAGAUAACCAGGACUGUCCUUCAUGGUUACAUUUGGAGGAGAAUUCAGUAAGGGGGAUUUCUCUGGCUUCUUUAUUAGGAGCUCCUCUUCCUUUUUUGUUCUCCAGGACAGGUAGACAAGAUCUUAGUCCUAUUGUUAAACAUACUUGAAAAAUUUGGUUUCAGUUUCGUAGAUUUUUUGAAUUAAAUAACUUUGUACUCUCUAGUAAUAUCCAUUUUAACUUUUUCUUUAAACCAUCAACUCUGCAUAAGGCUUUUUUAAUAUGGAAAACCAGGGGAGUAAAAACGUUUUUAGAUUUGUUUUUAGAGGAUUAUUUAAUGUCUUUUUCACAGUUAGUGGAUAAAUAUGAUAUAUCUAAUGCACAUUUUUUAAAAUACUUAUGAGUUAGGAAUUCUUUUUGUGAUUUUUUUUACCGAAUUAUCCAUUCGUUCAUUUACCAAAUAUGAAACAUGCUAUUUUUCAGCUUAAACCACUUCAAAAACGAUUGAUAGCCAUUAUAUAUAAACAGUUAAUGAAUGCAUGUAUGAUGCCUAAUGAUAAGGUGAAAAGUGCUUGGGAAAUGAAACUUCAGCAUUCACUUUCAGACGAUCAAUGGAGUAAAAUAUAUUAUCUAGUUAAUAAUUCAUCUAUCUGUGCACAUCAUUCCCUAAUUCAGUUUAAGAUAGUACACAGGGCACGUACAUCAAAAGAUAAACUAGUGCAUAUUUUCUCUAAUAUAAGCCCCACCUGUGACAGAUGCAAUGCUGAGGUGCCUACUUUAACUCGUAUGUUUUGGACCAGUGCAAAGUUAAACAAAUUUUGAAGGGAUGUUUUUAGAACGUUAUCGAGAGUCAUAGGUGUGUACUUACAAUUCACCUAUGGCAAACUUUGGUACUAUUCCCGAGGAAACAGGAAGUGUUCCUACUUCCGCUCAACAUGUGAUAGCCUUUUCAAUUUUACUGGCUAGGAGAGCUAUCUUUUUAUACUGGAAAGACUCUAAUCCUUCUACUGAUUCUCAUUGGCUCUUCUCCAUUAUGUCCUGCUUAAGUUUGGAGACAAUUAGAAGCUGGAUGUUUGACACAUCUUUUAAUCUUGAGCAAGCCUGGUGACCUUUUAUUCAAUAUUUUCAUAUGAUUUAAUGUUUAAAAAUCUCUUCAGGUAAUUUUUUUCUUUUUUUCUCUUUUUGUACCUCUUUAUCUGCAAAGGUUCAUAUCUGACCAGAAGGAUGUUUUUUUUUUUUCUUUUCUAAUUUUAGUCUCAAAUGGACUGCCCAGGCUCUCUUUUUGUUUUAGGUUAGUUUAGCAGGGUUUUUUUCUCUUUAUUAUAAAAAUUUCCAGUCAUUUUUUUCCAUGAUUUGCUAACAGGAGUUGUGUUUUCUUGUUUAUAUACAAUAGCUUAAUAUUUUAUUUAUAUGACUUUGACAGUAUAUAUCCCUUUUGUUGUUUGUAAAUUUUUGCAUUUUGUGUUUGCUAUAACUUCUUCUCUGUUUUGUAUCCUUUUUUGUUUAAAAUCAAUAAAAAAAGAUUGAAAAUGAAAUGAAUAAAUCCAGUUUGAUCCUUAGAAAUAACCUGUAUUAUUUUUAACUUUCUAGCCUGUUGGACAAAAUCUUAGAAAGAAUUUUUGAAUCAACAUUUAAUAAAGAAAUUGGCCUGUAAGAGACACAUUCAAAUAAAUCUUUUCCUUUUUUAGGAAUUAGUGAAAUUAAUACCUCAUAAAGAGUUUUCAGGAAGGUCCCAGAAGAUAUAGAUUGAGUGGAAAUUUGGCAUAGACAAGGGGUAAGAAUAUCCGUUAACAUCUUAAAAAAUUCUACUGUAAAUCCCUCCAGUCCUGGAGAUUUACCAGAUUGAAAAGAAGAUAUAACUUUUACUAUUUCCUCUCGAUUGAUGGGUGCAUCUAAAGUAAUCAUAUCUUGGGUAGAAAUUUGGGGUAUAUUCAAUCUUUGCAGAAAUUCAUUCAUGGAAGGGACGUUGUCUGGAAAAUCAGAUUUAUAAAGAUUAGAGUAAAAGUACAAAAAACCUUAUUAAUUUCGUGACAAUCAGAUGUUUCAGUUCUGUCAGAUCUUCGUACUUUCAAAAUCUGCCUUCCAGUCAAAGUUGCUUGAAGUUGGGCAGCUAACGGUUUACCUGAUUUAUCUCCAUGUAUAUAAAAAUGACUUUUCAAUUUCAAAAGUUGCUGCUCAAUGUGAUAAACCAUUAGCAAGUCAUGCUGUAUUUGAAGUUUCACUCUUUCCUUAUAUAAAUCUUCAGUAGGUAAUACUGAAUAAACUUUAUCUAUUUCUUUAAUCCUGUUAGUAAUCACUAAAAGCUCCGCUUUAGUUUUCUUUCUUAAAGCUGCUGAAUAUGAAAUUACAUGUCCCCUAAGAAAAGGUUUCAUCAUAUCUCAAAUAACCAAUUUUGACAUACCCUCAUAAAGUGAUUUGCUCUUUUAUAAAACUUAGAAAUGUUGAAUCAUGGAGCAAUGCAGCAUUAAAUCUCCAUUGAGCUGCCUUCCGUAUGUUAUCAGAAAGCUUUAGUGUAAGUUUCAUGGGCGCAUGAUCUGACAGCGCAAUAACGUCACAAGCACAUUCAACAACAAAGGAUACUAAACGCGUAUCCAACAACACAUAAUCAAUUCUUGAAUAUUAAUGAUGUACAUGUGAAAAAAAGGAAAAAUCUUUAUCUUUAGGAUGUAGAAAUUUCCGAAUGUCUAACACACCGUAUUCUAGUAAAAAGGAUUUAAUACAGGAUGCAGCCUUAUUAGGAAGGCACAGAUUGGUUGAUGACCUUUCAAUUGAGGGACUGAGACAGCAGUUAAAGUCACUGCCCACAAUCAACUUAUAUUCAUUUAAAUUUGGCAGUGCAGAAAAUAACCUCUUAAAAAUAUCAGGACUAUCUACAUUAGCUGAGUACACAAAUGCCAGUGCCACCUGUUGACAACAUAACAAACCAGUAACAAUUAAGUCAGUAACAGUAUUAAAAUGCAUAAAAGAGACUUUAGAAUUAAUAAAAAUAGACACUCCACUAUUUUUUUGAAAUUGACAGAGAGUAAUACUGAGAACCCUUCCAAAAUUAAAAAAAAGAUUUUCAUCUUCUCUAUGGGUGUGGAUCUCUUGUGCAAAAAUAAUAUUGACUUGAAAUGUUCUGAAUUUCUUAAAGACCUUUCUACGCUUAAUAGGUUGAUUCAAGCCAUUCAGAUUCAAGGAAAUUAUAUUAAUUUUAAUUAACAUCCAUACUGUGACUUUAAUUUAAGGAUUUAUAAAAAGAAUUAGUGCACCGAGACAAACAAAACCCGUAGGGAGGAACAGAAUGGAUUCAAUCAGAAAGAAAAAAAAACAUGAUUGACAAGAAAACCUCUCAAGACUGUGCAAUCAAGAAAAUCUAAGCUAAUAGCCCCACCCCCCCGAAAGCCAGCAAAAAAACAUCCAAUAGGUAAAUAGCAUGCUAACUACACACUCUGAACCCUUUGUCUCUAAUAGGCAGUCACUUUUUUUUUAAAAAAAGGUUAUAUACUAACACCACUGACUCAAGACACAACAUCAGAUGUGUAGAAAAAAAAUGAAAAAAUUCCAAAUAUUAUAAUAUUAUGUCUAACAGAGAGGUUAAAAUGUGUUUAACCACGGUCAUCUUAAAUAAACCUUGAUAACAUAUUCAUGAAAAAAUAUAACCAAGUAAUAUGAUAUGUAAGGGGGUUUCUUAUUGGUGUAAGGGGGAUUCUUUUUUCUUUGUUACUGCGUAUGUUAAUCAAAAUGGCUUCUUUGUUUUGUUAAAAGUAGGAAUACUUUCUUAUGAUAAGUGCUUUCUCUGGCAGUUUGCUUGGCUUUAGAGUUGCUGAUAACGGGGAUUGUAUCCAUUUGUUAACCAAUUGGGAUAGAUGUUAUUCACUCUUCUGGGUCUGUAAGCUAUUGUUGGCGGGCAUUUGGUGAGUCAGUGUGAGGGGGUGAGAGGGAGAGGAUGCAAUGCUGUAAGCUGGGUGAUGGAGUGGACCCCAAGCAGGGGUCCGAGGCCAAGGUUUUCGGUGAGGAGAGGAGACGAAGACAGACAUGCCAGGGGUGCUUGGUUGAUCACUUCAGAUGGUCCUGAGCUGCGAGUCGAGGAGGACGGAGGGGAUCGAAUGGUGGCCAGAAGACUUCAUUAAUUGAGCUCCAACGGUUGUGCACAACGUGGUUUGGACUUUGAUAAGUUGGUGCCUUUUCUUUAUUUUCUUUUCCUUCAUAUAUACUGUAUGGUUAUUAAUCACUUAGUUCUAGUAAUAUCUAUAAAGUGUAAUCAUUUAAUCACG